ACCGGAUGUCACACUACUGUUUUAUGCAUGGCAUAUGACGUUAAGCGAAGACAGUGACUGACGCAGCGUUAGCAAUUCAAGAAUAAAAACGAUUGCGCGUGGCGGCCAGGCACGCCUGGUUGAUGUUGAGUUGUUUGCUUGUACGUAAGCUAACGCGCGCUGUCUUUCUCAGCUAUAACCGACACACACCCAAAGAGCAGCGGAGAAGGGCAACAUUAUGGCGACGUUGGUACCAGAGUCGACCCGUCCUUCUCUUCCCCAACUCGGUUGUGCUCCAUCGAUCCAAACUCAUACUGUCAGCGCCAAUAUGCCUCCCAACAGGGGCUUGGAGCGAGCGCUGGAGGAGGCGGCCGCCAGCGGCAUACUCAACCUUAGCUCCAGAAAAUUAAAGGAGUAUCCCCGGACAGCCGCAAACCACGACCUGACGGACACAGUGGAAGCAGACCUGUCAAAGAACAGACUGGUUGAUGUCCCCUCAGAGGUCUGCCACCUUGUUGCCUUAGAGACACUAAACCUGUAUCACAACUGCAUCAGAACUGUCCCAGACAGCAUCAUCAGCCUGCAGUCACUCACCUCCUUAAAUCUCAGUCGUAACCAACUGGGCUGUCUUCCAGCCUGUCUGUGUGGUUUACCUCUGAGAGUCCUCAACACGAGCAACAACAAGCUGAUCAGCCUACCAGAGUCCAUUGGACAACUGCACAGCCUCAUGGAGCUAGACAUCAGCUGCAAUGAGAUCACAGCUCUUCCUCGCUACAUUGGCAAACUCAAAGCUUUGCGAGAAUUAAAUGUACGACGAAACCUUCUUUGCAUCCUGCCAGAUGACCUGGCUGACCUUCCUUUGGUGAAGUUUGACUUCUCCUGUAACAAGGUGUCGACCAUCCCAGUGUGUUACAGGAAGAUGAAACAGCUACAGUCCUUCCAGUUAGAAAACAACCCACUGCAGAGUCCACCUGCACAGAUCUGUAUAAAGGGUAAAGUUCACAUAUUCAAGUAUCUGAGCAUCGAAGCCUGUCGAAGUGAGAAGAUGCCCGACUCUCUGUACCUGCCUGUUAUGGAGCGACUGAGCCCAUCACAACCCACCAAUUGCAGCGUGGAGGACAUGGAGCAGCAGAAGAGGCAGGACAGUGACUCAGGAGUUGGCAGUGACAAUGGAGAGAAGAGGCUAUCUGCUACUGAGUACAGGGAUUCUGCAUGGAUCCACGACUCCAUUGUUUACACCAGAUAUCAGCUGUCCGACGUCCCCCGAGAGCUGAGGUGGAAGACACGGUGGUACUGUGCCGAGGCCGCGCGCCAAGCCAGGAGAAGAUGUUAUCGACCUGUCUUCCCUUCCGUCAUCAUAGGGAAUCCAUCAGAUGAAGACAGUUUGAGUCUUAACUUACCGAUGAUUCACGUCACAGAGGAGGAGGGACUUGGUAAAGACAACUCAAGUGAACACCUUAGCUCCCUGACAGCAGAUGCACAGUCUGACUCAGUUCAUCUGAUUGAGGAGAGCUCUCCGGAAGCCCCGAGGGACCAGUUUAACUACAGAGAUUCUACUCUUCGCGCUCGCUUUGUCCACUACAUCAAGGGUCAGACAGCAGCAGACUUGGACGAGCCUCUCAGGAUAGAGGAAGACUCACAUUGGCCAACAGAGCAAGUGUUGAAAGUGACUGGAGGGACAAAACUCCACAGUGACAUGAUCAAACAGCUGAAGGGAGCUGUGGAGCUGCUGCAAGAUCCCAGCAGUGGACAGGACAGCGAUGACAGUGUCACACCAAAGCAAGAUGACAGAUCAUCAGCCAGUAGAUCUCCAUCCUUCUACAGCCCUGUGUUUGGAUUGAAGCCCCGUUCAGUGUUUCUGUGGAGCCACAAGAGUAUGGAGUCUGUUGAUCCGCAGUUUACCAUAAGAAGAAAGAUGGAGCAACUGCGAGAGGAACUGGAGCUCAUGGAGCAACUGCGAGAUAGCAUCGAGAGCAGACUCAAGGUUGUACUUCCUGUGGACCUUGGAUCGUCUCUGAGGGAUGGCGUAUUGCUCUGCCAUCUGGUAAACCACAUUCGUCCACGAUCUGUUGCCAGCAUCCAUGUUCCCUCACCUGCAGUGCCCAAACUCAGCAUGGCCAAGUGUCGGAGAAAUGUGGAAAACUUCCUGGAUGCCUGCAGAAAAAUUGGUGUACAAGAAGACAAACUGUGUCUUCCUCACCACAUCCUGGAAGAGAAAGGCCUGGUGAAAGUGAGCAUCACAGUCCAGGCGCUGGUGAAUAAGGCCUUCUCAAAACACAACCUCCUCUAGGGACCAGGAGAGAAAAGGAUCAUCAUGCUAAAUUCAUUUCACAUGACGCUACAACACACCUCUGCAGUCAUUCUGCAUCCUCCUUGGUAAUAGUGUUUUUAUUAUAUUUAAGGAUAAAAGAUGGUGUUAAUGAGAAUUAAAACAGCCAGACUUGGAAUUGUUUAUAUAUUCUUGAGAGAGAGGACAGAGUAACUAACACACUAAUAACAGAUGGAAAUUCACCAUCUUUUGACAGGUUGAAAUUUUUUUUAAAUAUGUAUGUGUGUGUGUGUGUGUGUGUGUGUAUACACACACACACACACACAAUGGUAAAAACAGGUUAUUGAAACAAAAUCUAACAACAGUGGUGGGUAUACCACAAAAUAAACUGUCUCAAUAACUUGUCCUUCAGCAUCAACUACAGCUUGACAACAACGUCUCAUGCUGUUCCCAAGUUGACUUAUUGUCUGCUGAGGCAUGGCAUUCCACUCUUCUUGAAGGGGUGCCCUCAGGUCAUUGGUUCGGGGGUUCAGGGUUUUGACCCUCUACACAACACCUCUACCUGAGUCAGGUCUGGAGAAAGUACAGGCCACUCCAUUUGAGGUACCCCAGCCUCCACCAGCUGUUCCCUGAUGAGGCAACCUCGAUGAGCUGGGGCAUUGUCGUUCAUGAAGAUGAAAUCAGGCCUGUGUUGCUCAUACAGAACCACAAUGACUGGAUUAAUGAUGUUAUUCAGGUAGUAUCGGCUUGUCACAGUACCAGUCACAAGGUGUAGGGUAGUUCUUUGUUGACUAGACACACCUGCCCAGACUGCAACAUCACCCUCCAAUGGCUCGUCUGGUGACAACAGUGGCUGAUGCAUGGCUUUCUCCUUGACGUCUCCAACUGCGUUGGUGGCCAGGUGGUGUGGUCAGGUGGUGUGGUCAGGUACCCUAGCAUGCAGACCAUGCCAAGUAGGCAAUUUCGACUGGUCUGACGUGACACUCAGGUGCCUGGAGUUGAGUAGCAUUCAUCAUCCGGUUCCGCAGAGCACUGUUCACAAUGAAGCGGUCAUCAGCAUGGGAUGUGGCCCUAGGACAUCCACUUCUGUGCCUUUCUGUGACUCUUCCAGUCUCUCUGUGUCUCUGUUGCAACCUGCUGAUGACACUCUGCAGCACUCUAAGCUCAGCAGCAACUUCCCUCUGAGAACAUACAUACUGUUUGAAGCCUUGCUUCAAAUGGGGGCAGCUGUGACCUAGAGAUUGGAGAAGUGGUUUGUAAACAAAGGGUCACCGUUUCAAUUCCCCCCAGACUGGCAGGAAAAAAAAUCUGGGUGUGGUGGAGUGGUUAAUUAACCCCCCCACCCCCGUUCAUUAGCAGGCUGAUGUGCCCUUGAGCAAGGCCCUUAACCCCCAGUUGCUUCUCGGGCGCCUGACAAUGGCAGCCCACUUCUCCGGUGUACUUCUGCAUGUUGCAAAGAAGAAUUUCGGUGUAUGUAAAAAUAUACUGACAAGUAAAGUUUGAAAAAUGGCAAUGUAGUGUUAGGUGUCGCCUUGGUCUCAUGAUGUCAAAAUGUGAACAGCAUGAUGAAGAGGACUAGAAGUCCCAGGAUUUUUCUGCCUACCUUAAAGUCCCAGAGACUAGUCAUUUGGCGCAACUGCUUUCCCACACUACUCUAAUCACCCUUUUUGUUAUGGUAAUGAGGUCACUGCUAUCUGAACACUACAUAUCUGUAUAACUGUAUCUGCAAAUUAUCAUUGCCAACAUUUCCAUAACAAAAGGGAAUAUCCACGGGGGGGGGCUUUAGUCAUUUGGCUUUCUUGUGGGCAUUUUAGGUAGAAGAGCCAAAUGGCUCUUCUCUGGGACUUCUAGACGCUUGUUGUGAUUCUUGCAGUUAAUCACCAAGGGAGAAAGUUAUAGAACAGCAUGUUAUUCAUUAAGUACUGAAACACUGAACAGUUGGAUAUGUGCAUUCAAAAGUUUAGAGAAGGUUAAAUUAAGUUCACUCAUAAAGGUUAUAGUGCAUUUUAGGUGUAUUCUGAAAUUUCACCCGAAAGUGAAAUAUCCCUAAAUAAUUGUGAGUAGUACAUUAUGGCAUGCCGUUCAGGAAAUUAAUAUUUGAAUAUAUGGAAUGAAACUCUGAAUAUAUGGAAUGAAACUCUGAAUAUAUGGAAU